CUCGUGUCUUCAAUGGCUUCAGCAGAGGCACGGGACAGCGCUCUCUGCUCACUAGUCAGCACCUUGCCAGCGCGCAGCUCUGUACAUCUCAACUCGGCCAGAGCACUUCUGCUCCCGCUUUGCCAUUUCUCGCCGUAGGACCCCCCGACUCUCUUGUCUUGGUCACAUCAGCUAACAAUGAGCAGUCCCCACCCCAGCCUUCCAUGGCCAAACCAGGUAUGCCGCCCGGUGUUGUGAAUGGCUCUUUCGGUAUCCCUAUGCCCUCUGCCUUCCUGGGAUUCAUUCAUCAUCCAAUGGUGCCCGGUGGUGUUCCUCCUCCUACGCCACUCGGGACGCCUUGUGGCGAGUCUUCCGCAUUUUCUGCCGUUGUUGUCAUUUUUUCCUUGUUCUUCUGUGCUCAUGUGCUGACUGUCUUCUCCGGUCCCAGGUCUCACGAGCAAUGCUGCCACGAACAAUGCCGCUGCACCCCCAGCUCAGACUUCUCAGACGGGCCUCACUCCCAGCACCAAUCUUGUCCGCCCUGCCGCCCAUGAAGGCCACGUUACUUAUAACACCGGACCUAUCUACAGCGGAAUGGUUCCGCCUCCUGCUGGACUCAACAACGCCAUCCCUCAGAGCCACUUCCCUGCUCAAGAAAGCUACGUUGGCCGCAAGAACAAUGCCAACACCCCUCAUCGCGGUCAUCAGGUUGGUCAGAACAACCACAUGGCGAACCUCAACAACAGCAACAUGGGGCCUCCCCGAGGCGACAACAACCUUGCCCAGAACAACAGCACGGGCGUGCCUGGCCACAGCAAUGCUGCUGCCCCAACUCCAUCCAAUGCCGGCACAACACUUCAGGCCUAUUUCAAUCCUGUCACAGGCCAGACAAUGAGACUGGACGGAACCAUCUGGACUCCCCAUGAGUCGAAGAAGGAUAGGUACGCCGAUCACUCCGUUUACAAUCAGUCGGAGCCGCGAAACUUUGCACCUCGUCCGAUGGGCAUCCCAGUCAUGUUUCCACCCCCUCCCAACUUCACCUCGGGCCCUGGGUCCAGCAGUCAAAUCGGCGACAUCAUCACCAACCAGGCAUUCACUGACCCCUUCACUUCGCCGGAUUCGUCUGCGAUCAACGCUGUCGACGAAGCGGCGUACUUCCUUGCCAACUCUCACGAGAUUGACUACAGCGAGUUGACUGAGGCUGAGCAGGAGUUGGAAGUCCAAUGGGGAUUGCUUCGAGACAAGCUCUCCGGACUCCGGACUAUGGGUUCCAACGCCCUGAGAAGGUUGAUCAAUGGUGUUAAGGGGAUCCCCACCACACCGGUCCUACUCAAUGUCAUGAACUUUCCGUUCAUUGAGAGUUCCAGUCAGUCGAUGCCUGCUGUUUGGGGGGUCAUCAAAAUCAGCAACAUUCCAUUCGGCACAAUGCGAGCGGAGAUCAUCGCUAUGCUUGGCCGCAAUUCGAAAAUCAUCACCGAUGCGCAGGAGGGAGUCCAUAUCAUUAUGGAGCGUGUUACCUCGAAGACUGGGGAUGCUUUCGUCGAGUUCAACAGCAUUCACGCUGCGACUCGCACCGUCGAGCGCCAUCACGAGGCUAUCCGCAAGCACCGCCAACCUCGCUUGGGCGAUCGGCCCAUCAAGAUGACGAUGUCUAGUCAGAAGGAGCUCAUGGAGGCGCUUUUCCCCUUGUGCCGCGGCGUGAAUUUCGACGAUGGCCGCGUCACAUUGCUCCCUGAAGACCCCGAAAGCCCGUGGAACACUUUCCGCGGCUUUGUCAUGGCGGAAGAGUUGAACCUUCUCAUCAAGCACAUCGAGGCGCCUUCUCGCUCACCUUACUCCAAGGACUGUCCCCAGCGCCCUUUUGAGUCGAUGAUCUCCACGCUCAAAAAGCUGCCGUGGUACGCCUCUCAUUUGAUCACUCUUGAACAGCGUCAGAUCAUCUAUGAUGCAACCUUCCGGCUGAUCGAGUUCCUCGGUGAGCUCCUCCAGAAGGGUGAUGGGAGCCCCGGAAAGCAUCGCCAGCAGACGGUUCUGAAUGAGCAGUUAUACAAGCGUCUUGUUCACGCCGCAAUGCUCUGCCCCGGGUUCUCUGUCCUCCAGAAGGACAACAUCGCCUACCUGGCGAACAUGUCCGGACCGGCCAUUGCCGAAUUCAACAUGCCCCCCUUCUCCGAGUGCUGGGCGCACCUGUACAACUUGUGCCCUCGCCCUGGUGUUCCGGUCGACGUGCUUGAGUGGUACAUCACCCUCAUCCGCGAGGAGACAGUUCGCUACGUCAACACACUCCCGGCGUCGGUGCAGGCUUCUAUCAAGGAGCGUGCGAAGGAGGACAGUCUUUACUUCGGGUAUAUGUGGCACGAGAUCCAGCUUCCUCAGGGCAGGGAACUCGCCGCUAUGACUCUUCGGGACGUGGCUGAAAAGGAGCUGGAUGCCAUCAAGCGGAUCCUGGACCGAGCCGCCGCUAACGCCCACGCUCCCCUGGUUACCGAUGCUGCUUACCAGCAUCCGGAUCACUACAUCGUGAUCUAAAGCCGCACUUCCGCGCGGCUGGCUGCCAUGAGAGGACUGCCGUGGGUAUGUACGGCUAAGAACAGGGAACACUCCACCUCUCUGUUCUAGACGUCCUGGAGUACCAUUCGCAACAACCUGGUACGACUUGGUCCUUACGGCUAUCAUCCAUUCCUCCCUGGCGACUGUGGCUCUUUGCAUUAGCGAUUGUUGGUUUGUUUAUGAAAUUUCCUUCACGACACGCAACGACUGCACAGAAUCACGAACUUCAUGAACGUAACCUUUGAUUCUCCCAUGAAGAUGGCGAGGAACGAACAAUGGCCUUCCGAGCACACGGCAACCUUUCACAAUGGCACAUCUUCAAUCUUCUUCUCAUCAAAGAUUUUGGCUUUCGACAAAGACGGAAAGUCAGGAUGUUCCCUCUUGUUUGGGUUGGCGGUUGUUGGACAGGAGGACAGACAACACACAGAACGGAUAGGCAUAGACGGGUUUUGCUUUUUUUUUUUUUUCUUUGGCGAUUCCUGUCGCGGUCGGUCUGCUCGGUCUUCUAGUUCGACAUUUGUCUUUUCUGAUGGGAACAACCAUUUUGCAGAGUUUUUCCUUUACUAUGGGUUCCAACAUGGCGGAAUUCGGUUCUUUCUUUCUUUUUGUUUUUUUUUUCUUUUUUUUCCAGAAAACUCACCCACAAAAACAAAAAAAAAAAAAAAGCCUCGAAACACCCACAAAACAAUCACCAAAAAACUCGGAAAAUAUUUGAGCAUUCAUAUGAAAACACUUAGGCCUCUUUGGAACCCAUUAUCACUUGUCACAAGCAGGAAAAGGUGGAUUGAUCACGAAACUGGAGAUGCUUUUUGCGGGCUUUGGUCGGUAGAGAGUGGGAGCGGAGGAACCUUCCUGGCGUAUUUUAGACAAUAAAGUCAUUGGCC